CGCUCGCAUUAGUCGCAUUUCUCACGACACAAGUUGUACUCGAGUCGUGCUUAAAUCCUCGAUUGGGGAUGCAAUCAUGCAGAUUGCUCAAUAGUAUACUUCAGUGCAUCUGUGUGAAGUAAACUAAAAAAUUCAAAUGCAAAAAUGGGUGUCAAUAAAUUGAAACUUGGCACGAUAUUUUCUGUGCUAAUAGUUUUAGCUGCACUGUACUUUAGAAAUUCAAGUGAUAUAUUACAAAAAAGAUUGCAUUCUGUAUUGAAAGCUUUAGAGCAAUUAGAAAAUAAGUAUGCUGUUAAUCCAAGGCCUAAAGUUGCGAUUGGUUAUGGUAUUUGUACUGAUAUUUACAUAGAAGCUAGUAAUAUUUUAGAAUAUUCUGAGGAUGUUGGAGAACCACAACACUUUAAUGAAUUAAAUACCAAAGAUGAACUCUUGAAAAGUUUUGCCUAUUAUUUUAGACAUGGAGCUGCUGCAGAACGAUACAUGCCAAAUGACACAUUGUUCGACAAUCUUGUAACUGCUGCUCGUUCUUUUCCAUCCUCAUACUCAACUAUUGGAGGCAAUGCUGCAGUAAUGGCUAUGAGAUUAGUUCGAGAAGGUUGCGAUGUUGUACUUGCAGCUAAAAUGACAUCCUCUUUACUGCAAAUUAUGCCUGAAGCUGUUACGGUUAUUGGAGGUGAAGUGGAGCGCGAUGAUAUUCACUUGAUAUUGGAAUAUAAAAGAGGCGAACAAUGGGGUCCUUACACUAGCCCAAGAGCAAAUAGAUACAUAAUUCAUAGUGAUAAUCAUAAUCCAAAAGCUGGGGGUUUAGAAGAACUUUCUAAGCUUUUACCUGAGUAUAAACCAGAUUUGUUGAUAAUAAGUGGCCUACAAAUGAUGGAUAGUUUUCCAUUUACUGAUGGAGAACGUCUUAAACGCCUUCAAUCUAUUAAUAAUCAAAUGCGUAGUCAACCUCGUUCUACAAAAAUUCAUUUUGAAAUGGCUUCAUUUGUUGAAAAUAGUCUUGUUUCUGAUUUAAAUGAGCUCAUCAUACCAUAUGCAGACAGCCUGGGUAUGAAUGAACAAGAAAUAGCAAAUCUUCACAAUUCGUUGUACUAUGGAAAUAUAUCAUUAGUGGCCGAUUCCUCUCCAAGAGUUGCUACUGUACUUGAUCAAAUGCGAGCACUAUUCAGACUUAUUAGAAGUAGGGGUCAAGGAGAUGAAGAAACAAGGGAUUUAACUAGAAUUCAUGUACAUACUUUGGCCUACCAAGCAAUUUUGACUGUUAAAGAAUCCACUUGGAAAAAUACUGCAGCAGCAGCUGCAAAAGCUUCAUUGACAGCUCAUAGACACGUAUGCAGCACUAGCAAUAUUGACUUGCAAAAAGCCACGCUUAUUAUGGAUGAUAGUUUCACCACAUCGAUUGUGUCAGGUACAAGGAUACCCUUAAAUGUGGAAAAACCAGUAGCCUGCUGGGAUGAGGCUUUUCACAUAGGUGGACAUAGAAUUGCAGUUGAUAUGUGUGUAGCUCCUGUACUUGUGUGUACAGAGGCAAGCCAAACUGCUGGAGGAGGUGAUAAUAUUUCUAGUGCUGGACUUGUUUUACAAAUUUAAGAAUGCACGAAGAGCUCUAGUAUGAAUAUGUAAACUUAUGUUGUGAUAGUUAAGAAAUUUUAAUGAUGUUGUUUAUAUUCAGUGUUUUUUACAUUUUAAUUUUUAUUUUGAAAUAUUUUUGAAUAAGUCAUCAAUUCUGGUUUUAUAACUAUUAUUAUUAUUUUAAUUUUUUUAUUUCGUUCAAAUAUGUCCUUCGCAAUUUUCCAUGAGACUGAAAUGAGUUCGAAAUCGUCGAAAAAAAUGCAUUUAAAAUUAUUUAUAUUCCCAACUUAUUGAUAUUUCCUGAUUUUAUUGCCAUAUUUAUUUAUUCUGAAAUAAGUUUAUUAUGAGAUAGAAAUAAUUUUGUAUGAUAAUCUCAAACGUGAACUUCUAGGAUUUUUCAAUAUCUUCUUCUAAAACAAUAUAUUAUUUGUAAAUUUAAAUAUUUCAAACUUCUUAAUGUCCUAUCACAUUUCAGUCAUUCCUUAUUCAAUUUAUUCCAGAUACUUGAUAAUUAUUAUGCCCUUAGAGCAUUUAAUCUUAUUUUCAUUUUAAAUUCAUAAGUAAAACAAAAAAUUUUGGGCAUUAGUAGUUACUAGAUUAAUUGUUGCACAUUUAGCUACUCAUAAAGUUUAUACCUAAAAUUUUAUAGUAAAUUUGAAUACGUUUGCGCUGGUUUAGCAGGUAAUUAAUUGUGAUUUCUAGUUAUAAUGUUUGAAUAAAUUGUAAGAUUUAUCGCAAAAAUUGAAUAUACUUUUGAAAAUGUUUUAUUUAUUGAAAAUAAAGACGAUUAAAAUUAUGCUUUGAAGCAUACUUUCACGUAUAAUAAGCAUA